GUCUGUAGUACAAAACAAAACUACCCACCAUGCACCUUCCUUGAUGCCUUUGAUUACUAUAUAUUAUAACAUCCCAUAUUCCCCUCUUCUCUGCCCACACAUUGUAAAACAAAGUUAGAACUUCUGCACAUUUUUUUGUCUUUGACAUUCUGUAGGUACCCAAAUCAUGUAACUUGAUUAGUAUCACUGUCUCACAGACUCUUGGGAUUGUGCAUCGCUUGUUUUCGAGAUCAAACGAUGGAAGAGACGUUCGUGCCUUUUCGCGGAAUCAAGAAUGAUAUUCGGGGGAGAUUGAUGUGUUACAAGCAAGACUGGACUGGUGGGUUCAAGGCAGGUUUCAGGAUUUUGGCUCCAACCACAUACAUAUUCUUCGCUUCCGCGAUUCCGGUCAUUUCAUUUGGCGAGCAACUGGAGAGGGAUACUGGUAAUGAUCUCAAAUUAUACCCGUUGGCUUACUUGAUGAAUAAGUAUAAAUGUAGGUUUAAUCUAAAUCUUGAAUGGUUUCUACUUUCAGAGGGAGUCCUCACAGCAGUUCAAACCCUCGCAUCCACUGCACUUUGCGGGAUUAUACAUUCGAUCAUCGGUGGACAACCUCUGCUGAUACUAGGAGUUGCAGAGCCUACUGUCAUUAUGUACACAUUUAUGUUCAACUUUGCGAAAGAGAGAUCGGAUUUGGGUCGCGACAUGUUUCUCGCUUGGACUGGAUGGGUAUGUGUCUGGACAGCAAUCUUGCUGUUCUUGCUGGCCAUCUUAGGCGCUUGUUCAAUUAUCAAUAGGUUUACUCGUGUCGCCGGAGAAUUGUUCGGUCUGCUCAUCGCAAUGCUCUUCAUGCAACAAGCCAUCAAAGGACUUGUCGAUGAGUUUCGCAUUCCGAAACGAUCAGACCCAAAAUUGACAGAGUUCAUACCUUCUUGGAGGUUUUCAAAUGGGAUGUUCGCUCUGGUUUUGUCAUUUGGUUUGCUUCUAACUGCAUUGAGAAGCAGAAAGGCAAGAUCCUGGAGAUAUGGAUCUGGUUGGCUUAGAAGCCUCAUAGCAGACUAUGGAGUGCCAUUAAUGGUUGUAGUCUGGACUGCUAUUUCCUACAUACCAAAGGAAAGUGUCCCGGAAGGGAUCCCGCGCCGUCUCUUUAGCCCGAAUCCUUGGUCUCCUGGUGCAUAUGCGAACUGGACUGUCAUUAAGGAAAUGCUAAAUGUUCCAAUCUUCUACAUAAUUGGAGCUUUCAUUCCUGCAUCAAUGAUUGCAGUACUUUACUACUUCGACCAUAGUGUAGCAUCUCAACUUGCUCAGCAAAAAGACUUCAACUUAAGAAAGCCCCCUUCAUAUCAUUACGACUUACUUCUUCUCGGAUUUUUGACAUUACUUUGUGGACUUAUUGGAAUCCCUCCCUCAAAUGGAGUUAUCCCACAAUCUCCAAUGCAUACAAAGAGUCUGGCUACUCUUAAACACCAGUUGCUUCGUAAUCGGCUUGUUGCAUCUGCGCGCGGAAGUGUGAGAAAGAAUGAAAGCUUGGGGCAGCUGUAUGGAAACAUGCAAGAAGCAUAUCAACAAAUGCAGACCCCUUUAAUAUAUCAAAAUCCCGCAGACAGAGGCCUAAAGGACUUGAAGGAAUCAACAAUUCAAGCAGUUUCAAGUAUGGGAAACAUGAAUGCCCCAGUUGAUGAAACAGUGUUUGACAUUGAGAAGGAAAUCGAUGAUCUAUUGCCCGUUGAAGUGAAAGAACAACGUCUCAGUAACUUGCUUCAAGCUACAAUGGUGGGAGGAUGUGUUGCAGCCCUCCCAGUUCUAAAAAUGAUCCCAACUUCAGUCCUCUGGGGCUACUUUGCCUUUAUGGCCAUAGAAAGUUUACCUGGAAACCAGUUUUGGGAGAGGAUAUUAUUGCUAUUCACUGCUCCAAGCAGAAGAUACAAAGUCCUUGAAGAUUACCAUGCCACUUUUGUCGAAACUGUGCCGUUCAAGACAAUUGCGACAUUUACCAUGUUCCAAACAACUUAUUUGCUCGCAUGUUUUGGACUUACUUGGGUUCCAAUUGCCGGUCUAAUGUUUCCUCUGAUGAUCAUGAUUCUGGUACCUAUACGACAAUACUUUCUUCCUAAGUUUUUCAAAGGGGUACAUCUUCAAGACUUGGAUGCAGCAGAGUAUGAAGAGGCACCAGCUUUACCGUUCAAUCUUGCAACGGAGGCGGAGCUGGGUGCUGGAGCUUCUCCUUAUGCAGGGGACACUGAGAUUUUAGAUGAAGUUAUAACUAGAAGUCGCGGGGAAUUUAAGCAUACGGGCAGUCCUAAGAUUACAAGCUCCACAGCAACACCAGCAAAUGACCCCAGAGUCCUUCAAAGCCCAAGUAUUUCCUACAGUCCUCGGUUAAGCGAACUAAAAGGGGAGAGCAGUCCCAAAGCUAGUCCAAGAGGACCAAGUCCAAGAGCAGUAGAACUAGGAUCAUCUAAAUUGGGCAAGAGUCCUUCAACCUCAGCAUCAAACUAGCAGAGGAAGUUACUCCAUUUUAAUUCAGUAUGUUGUUUUCGCUUGGAAAUGUUGAGACAUAUGCCUUCUUUUUUUCGCUCUUAUUGGUACGAGAAAUUUGUACAAUAGAUAUAAAUCUCUUUUCUCGUAGCGACUUUCUAGUGAACAUUGUUUACGCUCAAUUGCAUAGACAUUUCCCUUCCUAAGAGUUGGAGUAUGAUAAUCAGAGCAGAUUCUAUCUAGCAA